CUUAAAUAUAUAGUUAAAGUCUAUCACUGUAUUUUAAAGAGCAAAGGUUUAGCACUUUAGCACUGUUUGUUGUUCACUUUAGCAGAGAGCAAUGUGUGAAAUGUAGAACCAGAAUAAACUGCAUGCACUUUAACAGCUUUAACCUCAGCGCUGUUUCCUCAGUCUUCACUCGCUGUUCUCCUGCUGCAGACGACACUCGACAGCUACAUUGUAAUAUAAAUACUUGUUGAAUAUUUUUCUACUGUCUGAAAUGUUCGGUAAUAUUUAUAUAUUUUUAAAGUAGGGCUGUCAGCUUUAAAGUGUUAACACACUUAAUUUGGUACUGAAGUUAAAUACGCCAUCAAGUUUGACCUCAACUUCCGCAGUAAUCUCUUAGCACAAUCUCUUAAAGGGACAGUGUACACAUUACUGAAUACUGGCCUUUGCAUUCUGUAUUUCCCCCACCCCAUCAUUCUAAGCAUGUGUACAAUAUCAAACACUUCCUGAGAAAUGUUGGCUUUAUCUCCCCUCAAACAUACAAGUAUUUAAACAUACUAGCAUUUUAACUAACAACACUAAUAUACAUUUUAUUGCAUUUUACAUUUACAUUCAUUAAUUUAUUUACGUUUAAAUAUCCACUAAAAAAACUUGGGCUCUAAGAAGAAUUGAAUGUGCUUAAAUAUUCCUAUUUCUAGUUCAGUACUGGUUGAGAUGGAUCAGUAUUGAUUGUAAUGCUAAAAUAAUUGCUUUAAUUUGCUUUAUCUAUUUUCUGUACCUGCUGUAAAACUGGGGAGGAGAGUAACGUAAUUUCAAUUCUCUGUAUGUCCUGUACAUAUGCAGUACUGACAAUAAAACUACUUGACUUGACUUGACUUAAUUAUUGUUUGAUGUUGUGUAGGCUGGUGAUGUCACUCAGGAUGGCUCCUCCUCCUCCUCUUCUUCUGGUGUUUCUGCUGAUGGUUGUUGGAGCUUCUGGAGCAGAGUGGAGUAUGAAUUACAUCCAGCAGGAAAUAUGUUCUUUAAAUGGAUCUACAGUGUUUAUGAAUGGCUCUUUUACACAUCCAGACAAUUGUAGAGUCACACAGAAGUUUUGGGUCAUAGAUGUAGUUCCAAAGCAAGAGCCACCUGAUCUGAGAACAGUCCCAGGUUACUCAGGCAGGGUUGAGUAUUUUGUUGAUGAUCAGAAUAACUUCGCCCUUAAACUGAGUAACGUAAUGAAGAAGGAUAACCAUGAGUACUGCUUCAGAGUCUUAACAGAUGUAGAAGAUCAGAAAUGGAUGGGAACACCUGGAAUAAAACUCAGAGUUACAGAGCUCCAUGUAGAAUCUCCUGGAGAAGUAACAGAAGGAGAAUCAGCAGUUCUGACGUGUAAAACCACCUGCAGUCUGACUGAUCCAACAUUCAUCUGGUACAAAGAUGGACGUCCUUUAACCACAGAGAUGAUCCAGAAGAAUCAGCAGCUCCACCUGCAGACAGUCAGCAGUGAGGAUGCAGGCAGUUAUAGCUGUGCUGUAAGAGGAUCUGAACAUCUCCCCUCUACUGCUCAAACUCUCAGAGUCAGACAUCCUCCAAAGAGCGUCUCAGUGUCCAUCAGUCCCUCUGGUGGAAUAGUGGAAGGAAGUUCAGUGACUCUGACCUGCAGCAGUGAUGGAGACCCACCUGUGGAGAACUACACCUGGUUUAAAGAAGGUAGAGACUCACCUGUAGGAUCUGGACAGAGUUUCAGCAUCAUCAACAUCACUGCUGAUCACACUGGACUGUACUACUGUGAAGCUCAGAAUGCAGUUGGAGUUCAGAAUGGAUCUGUGAUGAUUGGUGUUCAGAGAUGA